AUGACUUCUAAGAUUGCAAUCAUCGCUGGUGUUGGUCCUGGCACGGGCGCCUCAAUCGCCAGAAAGUUCGCAAAGGCGUAUUCUGUCGUAGUUCUGGCUCGAAACCCCGAUAACUACAAUGGCGUCGUGCAAGCAAUCAAGGCCAGCGGCGGCCAGGCAAUCGGCAUCCAAGCCGAUGUCUCCGAUUCCAAGAGCAUCAAUGCCGCCUUUGAUCAGAUAGAAGCCCAAUAUCCUUCCUCGAACGUGGCUGCGGCUGUUUUCAAUCCCGGCGGUGGCUUUGUUCGCAAGCCGUUCCUUGAGUUGACAGAAGAGGAUUACGCGACUGCACUCGCUUCACAGGCACAGGGUGCCUUCAACUUUGCCAAGCGGUCUCUCCCCCUGCUCUUGAAAGCUCGUGAAUCUGCAGAAUACCCGCCUACACUAAUCUUCACUGGAGCCACGGCCAGUGUGAAAGGGUCAGCUAAUUUUGCUGCCUUUGCUUCGGGUAAAUUUGCACUUCGGGCAUUGGCACAGUCCCUUGCUCGUGAAUUUGGCCCGCAGGGUGUGCAUGUCUCGCAUACUAUCAUUGACGGUGUCAUUGACAUUGAGCGCACUAAGGGCUUUAAAUUUGACCAUCCCGACGCGAAGUUGAGUCCUGAUGCCAUCGCGGAUUCGUAUUGGCAUUUGCAUACUCAGCCGCGUACGACCUUUGCGUUUGAAAUGGACCUGCGGCCUUAUGUUGAGAAAUGGUGA